AUGGAUCCCUUCUCUACACUGAGCAUCGCGACGAGCGUCGUACAAUUCAUCGACUUCGUCGGCAAACUCCUUUCAUCCAGCAAUGAGAUCUUCCAUUCUGUUCAUGGCGCAUCGUCCAGCAACCUGGCGCUUGAGUCCUAUUGCACCAGGAUAAAGGACUUGAGUGCGAAGCUUGGCUCUUCGGUUGACACGUCCCAAGGAGCAUUAUCGCAAAAAGUGAAGAGUCUGGCGGAUGAUUGCAAGUCUGACUGCGAUGCCCUUCUGGCCAUGCUUCAAGACAUGAAGGUCGAAAGUCAGAAAAGCCGGCGCUGGAAAAGCUUUCAGGCCGCGCUCAAGACCCUGUGGGGGACACGCAAGUUGCGAGAAUUUGAGGAGCGUAUGGACAAAGCACGUAACUUGGCUGCUAUCUACGUGCAAAGUCUGACAAGAGAGGACAUCGGGCGCCUUCAUUCAGAAUUGAGACAGGCGAAGGAAGAUAGCUCAAGACUUCGGCUUGACCAAACGGCCAGUUUGGAUCGACUUUCUGAAAAGCUCCACUCUUUGAAGUUGGACGUCAACAAUGAUAGGUCCCGAAUCCACCAAUCGAGCGACACGCAGACGAUGAUGGCAAUCGAACAAAUAGUCAUGAGACUACGGUACAUUCACGACGACCUCGACAUAAAUAAACGACAGAGUACGAUAUUAGCAAGCCUGAGCUUCCCAUCUCGAACCAACCGCCACGAAGCAAUUGCAGAAGCAUCUGCCAAAACCUUCCAGUGGGUUCUUGAUUCAACGGUUUCUCAAUGGCUUCGAAGUAAGUCUGACACCCUAUUCUGGAUAUCUGGAAGAGCAGGCUCGGGGAAAUCGACACUGAUGAAGUUCCUUGCCGCACAUCCGGCGACUGUGAACUUUCUGGAGGAAUGGGCGCAUCCGCACCCCGUGGCCAUCGCCUCCCAUUAUUUCUGGAGCGCAGGAACAUUGGAGCAAAGGUCUCAAAGGGGGCUCUUGCAGUCCUUGCUGUAUGAUGUCUUUCACGCCUGUCCCGGCAUCAUCUCAAUCGUCUGUCCUUCGCGCUGGAAUGCCGCCCGGAACGCCGCCCGGCGCAAAGAUCCCCAGCCUUGGUCCGUAUCUGAGCUGACUUCGGCUCUUGGGGCAAUCUCAGAAAAGUCAGAGCUAGGGACCAAAUUCUGCUGGCUCAUUGAUGGUCUGGACGAGUACGAGGGUGAAACUGACCAUCUCUGCGAUUUCCUCGAGAAUCUAAGCAAUUCAUCGAACUUAAAGCUUUGCGUCUCAAGCCGGCCCCUGAAUGUUUUCAAGGAUGCCUUCGACGGCAUACCUCAGCUCGCUAUCCAUGACUACACUCAAGAAGAUAUCGGCAAUUUCGCUCGAGAGCGACUGGAAAGCCAUAAAAGAUGGAUUACUUGUUCUGUAGAUGAGGUCGGGAGAGCGAGCCUGAUCAGGGAUAUAAGGGAUAAAGCCAACGGGGUAUUUCUCUGGGUUUUCUUGGUGACCAAAUCUCUCCGAGAUGGGUUAACGAACUAUGACGACUUGGGAGUGCUGCAGAAACGGUUGAAAGCCAUGCCAAGUGAGCUCGAGAAGCUCUUCAAACAUAUGCUGGACUCUAUCGACGACGUUUACCAUGAGAAAAUGGCCCAGACCUUCCUGCUUGCUCUUAAGUCUGAAGAGACCCCACGCUUGCACUGGCCUUUGAUGUUCGACGCACUUGUGCAUCACGCAAAGGAGACUCAAAAUGAUCGAUACGCCAUCGACUUGCCCAUCAGCUCUCCACCAACCGAUUCCUUGGAUGACCUCCGGUUUCAAGCCCGUUGGCAAUUGAAUGCUCAGUCACAAGGCCUUUUGGAAACGGGCAAAAGCUACCCGGGUGAGGUUGAAACAGUGGAAUUCCUUCACCGGACAGUGCGAGACUUUCUGCUUACCGACGAAAUGAUGCAUUACCUAAGAUCAAAGGUCGAUGCAGGCUUUGACCCGGCACUGUCGCUCGUGAAGGCUUAUACUGCGUUGGUGAAGUCGAGGCGCUUCGAUGCUGCUGAUCAACACGCCGGUUGGACAUACAUCAGGAAUUCGCCAGGAUAUGCCCAAGGUUUCCUAGUAUACCACUUGAGAGACUGCUUCAAUUAUGGCUCAGGAGUUGAAGAACCAAGUCUUGCAGUGUUGAGCCAGCUAAUUGAAGAGCUGGAGAUAUCAGUGAUCGCCAUGUUUGGGUCCAGACAAGCAUGCUUCAGCAACCAAGGGAAAACCUGCCACCCAAGUUUGAUUGUCCGAGAAGCUCUUUUGCAGAGCGCCUUGUAUCCGAGGGUCGCUCCAUAUCUCAAGGAUGAUGGGGAUUACUUCGCCGAUUUUGAAGCCCCCCCACUGUACAUCGCGACCAUCCCCGCGAUACGGAAUUUUGCCUUGAUACAUGUGCCAGAAGUUGUCGACUAUCUCGUCACUCAACGUCGCUGUGAUCUGAACGAGGUCUCCCAGUCUAUUCCGGAUGGAACACCGUGGCUUGCGUAUGUCAAUGAACACAUGUCGUCGGCCGAAACUUUCAAAUUCAAGCCUGCGGAGUUCAGGCAACUUCUUACGCUUGGCGCUGAUCCAAACGCCAACGAUAGGGGCCAAACUGCAUUUUCAAUCUAUCUCCUUGAAGGGCUUGAGAAAUUCUUCUGGGUAGAAGAAGGUGAUGACCGCUAUCCAAAAUAUUUCGAAGCCCUAAAAGAUUUUAUUGAUGCUGGAGCAACCCUGAACAAGCAAUAUGGUAGAGGCGAAGAAAAGACCACUGUUGCUCGAUCCUUCUGUGAAAAGCUGCGCGCUUUUUCAUGUGAAGGCAAUACAGAGGCUUUGCUGAGUUCGGGAACCUUGCACGGGAAGGCUGCCUAUCGGACAGUCAAAACUCUGGUCAACCGAGACCUGGCGCAGAAGAGGGAAGAAAAGAAAGUUUGA